AUGAUAUAUAUGAAAUUGAUAGUGGUGGGUGUUCGUUGCAAUUCUUGAUAUUCAAUUAAAGGUUACUACCAAAAUUCGUGGAAUCUUUGAAACAGCUUAUCAAUUUUGAAAUAGAAAGAGGGAAUGUGGUCACAAAGAUAAUUUGAUUUUUUAAAAUGUUUAUUCAAUCACAGCUCUUCAGAAAUAGUUUUUCGCUAAGCCAAGACUGCAGCUGAAUGUGAAGUUUCCCCUAUCAUUUGCGUGACAAACCCAUGUUCCUAGACCUAAAAGGACUAUAAGAACAUUUGAAUAUUCUAAUUGGUUCAAAUUGAUCCAAAAUAUUUAUGCCAAAUCAGUUGGUUAGAAUCCAACUUAAAAAGGGUGAGGGAAAGUGCAAUUGUCUUCUGUCUUCGUUGCUAUUGAAGAAGCUAUCUGGAACUCCUAACGCCCAACAGGAAACAAAUGAACUGACACAGCAAAGCUAUUGUCUUUUUCUAGAAUGCCAGCAUUCUUAACACUCUGCCUUUGCUAAUGCACUACCCGUCGAGCUGUUUGUAGGGUAUACAGAUAUGUAAUGCUACCAGCAAUAACAUGCCGCGUUUAGAUGUCAAGCAGUGACAUUUUGCUUGGAAUUAAUCAAAUGUGCUGAUUCACAAGUGAUUCACCAAUGUUAUGUGCUCUUUCCGUAAACAAUCCUCUUAUGAGUCGAAGCAUAUUGAACAGGGAAGUAAAGCUUGAUAGAUGUAUAGCAUGUUUCAAGAGUUCCAAAAGUAGCAGUGGAAAAUCAUUAAUUACAUGCGCUGUUGCCUCAUCUAUGGUUAUCAAUUUGUCAGUAAGAUGCCAGAACAGGUGGCUACGUGAAGACGGGGGCCUUUCCAAUGGAAACCAUUUACGAGUCAUCAUCCGCAAGUAAUCAGUCAAAGAAGGACAAAAAGUGUGCCUGUAUCAUUCCACACAACAGCAAUUUGAAAAUCCUUUGGGACUGGUUUGUUCUCAUACUGGUUUUGUACACUGCAGUGCAGAUACCAUACCAAGCUGCAUUCCCUUCAAAGCACAACUCACGAAGGAGAGGCAUGUUCCAUUCACAUAGCAGCCCAACGUCAAUACUAGGAUAUGUUGUCGACGCUAUGUUCCUGCUUGACAUAUUUAUAAACUUUUUUACUACUUUUCCUGAAUCGGAAACCGAGGAGAUUAUAACAGAUCACCGGAGAAUAGCUGUCCAUUAUUUGAAGACCUGGUUUGCCAUUGACUUCAUUGCAGUUAUUCCAUUUGACUGGUUUGUGGAUGAACUACGCCCUGAUUCAGAAGAUACAGCAACUUUAUUCGGACUGUUGAAAAGUGCUCGCCUUCUAAGGUUGUUCCGCGUUGCCAGGAAACUGGAUCGGUAUUCCGAAUAUGGCGUAGCAGUGUUGUUCUUAUUAAUGUCACUUUUUACACUGCUCGCUCAUUGGUUGGCUUGCAUCUGGCACGUGAUUGGUGAUAAACAGCCUCCAGUACCUUCAGGCUGGCUUCAAGUUCAGGCCACAGACCUCGGGGUAUCCAGCGUGAACGGGACAAAAACAAUUGAAGCAAGCGUGAAGUACAUUGCAUCGCUGUAUUUUAUAUUGUCAUCACUGACCAGUGUUGGCUUUGGAAAUGUUUCUGCCAAUACAAAAUACGAACAGAUUUUCAUGAUUAUCGUGAUGCUACUGGGAGCACUGAUGUAUGCCACUGUCUUUGGUAAUAUGGUAGCAAUCGUCCAGAGAUUGUACUCAAAGGCAUCACGGUUCCACAAUGAAAUGAAUAUCAUAAAGGAGUUUUUGAGAUUUUACAAAAUACCUGAAGAUCUGCGAAGAUCAAUUCAGACAUACGUAAGACAGGAAUGGACGUUUACAGAAGGAGUCGAUGUUCAGAAGGUGCUGAAACAAUUCCCAAUGAGCUUGCAGAUGGAUAUAUGCUAUGAACUGUAUCAAGGAUUGUUUUCUGAAGUAAGAGCUUUGCAAGGCGCUACUGUAAGCUGCAUGAGAACAAUGGGAAGGAAAUUCCGUACUCUACACCUACAGGUUGGCCAUUAUGUGUUGAAACAGGGAGACCAGGUGGAACAUUUGUUUGUUAUUGGAAGAGGAGCAAUGGAGGUUAUCAAAGACGGAGAGCUGUCACGCUUCUAGCCAAACACACAGCAAUUGGCUAUGACUUUAUCAACAAGCCUUCAUAUCCAAAGGCAAAUGCAGAUAUAAGGGCCUCAACAUCUUUAGAGCUGCAUUACAUCCACAAAGACGACUUAAAAGAUAUCAUGAAAGCAUAUCCAAAGUUUGGAAUCUUUUUCAUGGAAAACUUCCAACCAACCUACAGCAUUUGUGAUGAAUCUGAGGAAGGACUAGCACGACCAUCAAGAACGAAACCAAAGUUGCAUCUUGGUGCUAUUGCUAAAACUGCGUUGAGAUUUUCCUUCUUGCGAUUCAAAGCCAAAAGUAGCCUCCAGAUGGAGGCGGACAACGAGGAAGGAGAAAGUGCUCCGGAGGAGCAUGACAAUAAUCUGCUAAAUGUAACAAUUCCAAAUGGACAUGCAAUUAAGCAAGAAGCCAGCAAUGAGCCCCAAAGGAGUGACAAGAGGCUUGUUACAUCUGUAAGUCCACAAACUAACCCGACAAUAAAAAUCGAAAAUCAUAGUCCGUCAGGAGACUUGCGAAAUGAAGAAAUAGAUGAAAGAUUGCAAGGACUUGAGAAAAGAAUAUGCAAAAUUGAGAACCAAGUUUUACUUUUCAGAGACUCAUUUGACACUCAAAUGAAUUCAAUUCUGAACGUAUUGACUGAUCUGAAAACCAGUAUUGAUAGUAAAGAAGUAGUUACAAGGGUUGACAAUUGUCGAAGUAGUUUCCAGAUUGAGGAUCCAGCGUCAAACACUUGCUCUACAACAUCGACUUUUUAACAUUGCUAUCAAUAUUGCAUCAAACAUGCAAAAAUUUAUUCUCAGAUUAAAUUUAGAGUCGAUCGUGCUGGCACUCUUAUGAAGCUGUCGUGUCUGGUGCAUACCAUUAAAGAGACCAGCUCUUCAGCUAGAAGGUAGGGGCUGGAGAUUUAUCCCUUACGUAAGAGGGCAGCCUCGGAACGAUAUAGCCUCGGGUCCUGUUCCAUGACGUCAGAGGUAGAGCUAAGCUUUUGGCAAUUCAUUUGAUUCCUAUGGAAAUUUUUGGAUGAUGCAAUUAUUUUGUUCAUUGGACAGGAGAUAAAAACAGUAAAAUUUAGACAAACUGACGUUGCUCACAGUAGACUUAAAGUCAGCGCAAUGUUCCAUAAGAAGAUCCUUUAUCUUUUGUAACAAAACAUUGUGUAAAAUACUCUUCGUAGUUUUAAAAAAAUCUUAGUUAGUAAUUGCAAAAUCUUACAUGAAAAUAAUAUGCAAGUAUGAUUUCCUACAUAACUUAAAACAUGGCUGUACAGUAGAGAAUCUGUUUAAUUUUUGCAACUUUUCGAGUAUUAUCGAGUUGUCUUAAUAAAACAACAUUGAUUGUUUAAACAUUUUUACGUUUUUUUAAGAUUUCUUUUGCUAAGCGACAAAAAAUCACUUGGAUUCAAAACUUAUUGUUGUCCACGAGCUUUCUUUGUCUUUGUCUGAUGGAAGCUUUAAAAUGUGGGCAAGUAGAAAUUUUAAAGAAUUAUAUUAAGUUUUGCACACAGUUAAAACAUCGUACCUGUUUGUCCCAAGGUUGUUUGUUCCCUGGGUACCAGAGCCAUUUAAUUUGAUCGCGGAAAAUCUAGAUAGGAGUGAAGAAGUGGAGCUGCUUCUAUCUAAGAAAAACUCUUCCAUCUUAUUAGCUCCUCCGCUUUUGCGCUUGGUCUUGGUUAAGCGGAUUUCAAUUUCGGCAGUCAAAACUUUGUGGCUCUGAUUUCCAAGGUACCCUACCCUGUUUGUUAUAACAAGGCACUGCUCUAUAAGAUUUACCUAGAAAUCAUUCAUAUGCUCUUUGAGUUACCCACAAUCUUCAGUAAAAAUUAUAUUUUGUAACGAAGUUCAUAGAUAAUCAAUAUUUUGUCUUAAUAUUUAUCUAUUUUAACCCAAAAUUUUUCUUUCUCUUGCAAAAAGUCUAGCCCAAUGGCUGUCGAUAUCUUCCUACGCAUUACUGCUUGCUGAUUCAUGAAAGACCAUAUAGCAAGAUGUACUCAGAGAUAAUAAAACAAAAUGGUAGCUUGAUAAGUGAUAGUGAAAAUACUUUCAAUAUAGGGAAGCAAAUCACAUUGAUUCAAAUCUUUUAAAAAACAAUUAUUCAAGUUUUUUCGAAGAAUCAGAAGCUUAUCAUCUUUUUAUAUCAAUUAAUUUGCCUAAGGCGUAUAAGAUCAUAUGAAAAAAUCAAUGAAAAAGUAUUUUAUUUCAACACUCUUGUAUCAACACUCUUGUUAAAGCGGUUUGUCUUUGAUAGGCCAAGGAUGUAAACAAAUGUUAUUUUACAAACAAGACUUAAGCCGUUUUGAUCUAAGAUUUAUUGACAAGUUACAAAGCAUGUCAUGCUGUCUUCUUUUUCUUAUUUCCUUUAAUAAAGAGUCGGCUUAAAAGCCCAUCCCUUUUCAUACAUAUUCGUCCAGCAUCCAUUUAAAACGAUUAUUUUUUAGCAAAAAACUAGAUCUUACAAUCAAUAAAUCUGACCGAGGUAUUUUUGAUAUCUCAUAAACUGUGCAGGACACCUGGAAAACUUAAAGAAUGCGUCAAUUUAAUGUUAACUGAAGGAAUCAAGAUGCUUAUGCCUUCAAGUUACAGCUGUUCUUGGAAGGAACCCUGUCAUAACUGCUAUGACUAAAGUUUUGCUAAUAAGAGUGGGGCGAUUCUAGGAGAAAAUGGUCACUUAUAGGUUUUUGUAUGUAUGGAUAAUUCGCUAUAAUAAUUUUUUUGCAAGUUUUAAAAGGUUAAAAUACAAUCAUAUAAGUUACAAACAAAGAUAAUACCCCUAAUUUUAGUGGCAGGGAUAGCAUUAAAAGGUCAAGCUGGCUUUGUUUUCAUAAUGGUCUCCUUAGAAAUGCUGGUUUAAUAGAAAAAGAAUGAGAAAAAACCGAUGAGACUUAGCAGAAGACAUGAAUAUGCCAUCUUCAUAUAUACAUGCCUUUUUUCUAAAUUUUUAGAAAAGUUCUCUUUGAUCUUACGCUUGAAAUUGUUCAAUAUGGAUGUUGAUUUUAGGGCAGUUGAAAGAUUAUUCCAUAUUUUAGGCCCUAGGUAGGAUAGGUACGGUUGUCCGGUGUUGCUUUUGCGAAUUUGUAGGUCUAGUUUAAACUUUGAUCUUUGCGUUGUUUGGUCUUGGUUGACCGGUCUCAUAUCUCAAAAUAUCUCAUAAAAUAACUCAGCACUGCACGCUUG